AUGCUCCGGCGCGUCCUCGCCAUCCACCCUCCCAUCUCCAAACUCCCAAUGACAACAUCAACGCGACCAAAAGCCGAGUCCCCCAAACCUCUCUUCAGCGGUAACAUCCCAGCCCUCCAAGCCUAUACCGAGGACAUCUCAACCCCAACAACACACAGCCGCAUCCUCCCAGCCAUAAAACACGACCACUGCGAACUUGAAUCCCACAGCCACAAAAUCCUUUCGUCGACAAACCCAGACCAACAAACCCGCUUCCAAAACCAGUUCGUCUGGGAACUUGCUCGUCACUUAAUCGGCGAGGAACUAGUUGUCUACCCAGCCAUGAUCACCUCUCUUCCAGAUGGAAAGGGAGUAGUAGAUAAGAACAGACUCGAGCAUCGUGGUGUUAAGCACCAGUUGAAAACCUUCCAGGAGCUAUCGUCUACAGAUCCGAGGUUCGUGCCGACUUUGAAAGGGCUCAUGCGUGACUUUGGGAUUCAUGCCAGACAUGAGGAGGAUGUGGAUUUGGUCAGGCUUGAGGAGUUGCUCUCUAAAGAUGAUAGCGUUGAGUUAACUAAGUCCCUGGAUCGGGUUAAGAUGUUUGUGCCAUCUAGAGCGCAUCCGCUUGCCCCUACAGAGCCAUUCUUUGAGACUGCCGUUGGGCUUUUGACGGCGCCGAUUGAUAUGUUGGCGGAUUUGUUUCGGAAAUGGCCUGAUGGGAGGGACAAGGAGAAGAAGUAG